UGGUAGUAGCAAUUCUCGUUAGUUACCAGAGAAACUGGUUAGUUAUUGAAAUUUAUUUAUAGGUAAACGGGAUUCUUUGAUUUUAUGGGAUCAAUGUUAUCAGGAAUAUACUUAUGGAACUAUGAAUAUAGAUACAUAAUAUGUAAAUUUGUUUUAAAAUAUCAGUUUACUCAAGUAUUUAAGUAAUCUAAAAAAUUGUUUUUAAAUGUAAAUUGAUAAUAGUGAUAGGAAAAAUUUUAUUAAGUAACUUGAACUAGAGAUAUGAAUACGUAUUUUUAAACUGAUAGCACAUUUUCCUUCUAUCUAUAUAGUAACAAUCCUCUAAUUAAAAUGGUUAACUUCACUUACAGAGGAUUAUGCGCACCAGUUUUCACUAUAUUUAAUAAAGAUUUGUCAAUAAAUACCCAAACUAUCCCAGAAUAUGCUAGAUUUUUAGCAAAAAAUGGAAUAGACGGAGUACUAGUCCAUGGAACAACUGGAGAAGGAGUAUCGAUGACAGUUGCAGAAAGAAAAGCGGUAGUUGAUGUUUGGGCUAAAGUAGUAAAAGAAACCAAACAGCAUUUGAUGGUACAAGUGGGUGGAUGUCCUUUACCGGAUGCUGUAGAAAUGGCAAAGCACGCUGAAUUGGUUGGAGCCGAUUCGAUCCUAUGUCACGCUGAACUUUUCUUUAAACCUCACACUCCGAGCGAACUCGUAGAUUAUUUGAAAUAUGUGGGCGAAGCUGCUCCUAACACUCCAUUAUUAUAUUAUCACAUACCUGGUUGGACAGGCAUCAACAUAAACAUGGAAACAUUUAUAAAUGAAGCAGUCAAAAGAAUACCAACAUUCCAAGGAAUUAAAUAUACUUCUACAGAUUUGGAAGCGGGUCUAGCAGCUCUUAAAACGAAUAAUGGGAAACAUGCCGUAUUUUUAGGAGCAGAUACCUUACUUGCCAGUGCGUUUGGUAGUGGAUUCGACUCUGCUAUUGGAACAUCCUUGAACAUGUUACCGCAAUACGCUGUUAAAAUUCUUAAAGCUGCUAAAGAAAAUAACAUCGCUGAAGCUAGAAAAUUACAACAUGUUUUAACAGAAGCUGUUAAUAUUAUCAGCAAAGACGGUGCUUGGGUGCCUACAAUGAAAGUUGCAAUGAACUUAAUAACGCCUAUCAAUGUUGGAGUAGCUAGACCACCUCUCAAAAACUUAACUGAAGCACAAAUAGAAGAUAUGAGAAAAUCAUUGAAAGAAAUACGGAUUUUGUAGAAAAAAAUAUGAUCCAUACCUUGGUUGAAUGUAAUGAGUUCUUUAAUGCUUGAAUAAAAAAUACAUAUUUA